UUUUUUUUCCCCGCCACGUAUUUGAAAUAAAAAUUAAAAGAAAAACAAUACGGUUGAAAUCGUUAGCUGUCAAGAGCUUGCUAACCUUCCUAUCUAGUACGGGGGAAAGUAAAGCAUGUCCAGCAGUUCUCCGUCCAUGUCUACGAUGGAAAUUGAAGAGAGUAGCGACACGAGUCACGAAGUACGUAACACUAAAUCACGCCAUCAUCGUCCAGCUUCAACUCACCAGCAAAAGAAUCGCCAAAUCGGCCGCAAUUUUGCCCAUCCUCCACCCAGUCCGGUCGGUUCAAUGUCUUACGGCGGUAUGCCAGGCGGUGUCUACAUCAGCGGGUCACCUUACUCAACAUCGGUGAUAGAUCAUCCAGCUUCCGGAAGCGUACCAGCCUAUUCUAUGUGGGGUAGCGAUUCUUCACAACUCUACCGGCCGGGUAGCGGUGGCAAAGAUGUCAGCGAUAAGAAGCAAGUGUGCAGCACUUUGCUCAUCACCACAGCCGCUUUGGUUGUGAUGGCCGUACUUGCCAUUGCCGCUGUGGCUGCUUAUCUUGGAGUUAUGACUAAUCACUCGGAUGGAGAUAAAUAUGAAAUUGAAUUUGAUUGCUCCCUGCGAAUCAGUCGUGGUGAUAACUUCCGUCUCAAUCUCGCCGAUCCUGCUAGUCCACAAUUUCGCACGAAAUCCGAUCGCUACCGUCGUCUGAUUGACAGUGUGUACAAGGCCAGUCCGUUAUCCGAAUCUUACCGGCGAUGUUCCGUGGAGCGUUUCACCAACGGCAGUUUGAUUGUUCACUUCCGUUUGUUCUUCGAUCGUCGUAAGAUCCCAGUUCAAAUCGGUGAAACGGAAUCAUCCGUCAGGGACGUCAUGGUUCAAGAGGUGAUGGCCGUCGAGCCCGUUGCCUUUAAGGCCGUUGUGGUUGACAUUGAUAGCAUCAAAGUUGAAAGACACAUUCCACCACCGGCCAUGCUAAGCCAGGGUCCAAGAUCACGUUUGCAGAUCGCCGACGUUGUUGAAGAGGACGAUGUCGACGAAGACAAAGAGAACUCGUUGGACAACGAACCUGUACCGCAAAUCGAUUUCGAAGAUGACGUCGCGGAAAACCCAUCGAAUACCACCGAAGACGAAAGUUUAUUCACCACCGACGCCGACGUCGAUAUCAACAGUGAGAACAGCAAUCAUCACAGCGUGGAACGAACCACUGAAUCAUCCGUUCCGACGGAAAAAUUAACAACCACCGUAGUCAGAAUUGUGCCCGUAGAAACCACGACCGCGAGUGCCGUUGUUGUUCCGACACAAGAUCCGAAGUUGACUUACGAUGACACUGAAUGGAAACCGCUGUUUGUGAACACUCGAACAAACAGCGGCAGUGCGAUAGCGAGUCCUUCGACGACGAUGACUCCGCACAAGCCGCCAGUUUCCAUAACAACAACGCAUCAUCAUUCGCCAGCUCAUGAAGAUGACCCCGACAUCUAUAAGAUCGGCCUCGAGAAUCACGCACUUGAGCCGGCCGUGGCUUACGACAUUGCCGAAGAAAAGGGUCAUCAACUGACUACUCAAUUACCAACGAACGUCAAACAAGACCGAAUUAUUGCAAACAUUGCGGCGCAGGAUGAGAACAAGGGAGUUGCUCUUUAUGAGGAUGAAACACCAGCGGUUGAAGUUACAUCGACAGUUACCCCAACAAAAUUCUCUUUCCUCCAAUGGUUUAAUUCUCAAUUAAAUAACGUGAAAUUAGCUCAGAAUCGACAGCAAUUGUCUAAUUCUACUACGGAGGUUUCCUUGCCUAAUGGCCCCACUUCCCCUUCCCGUUUCUUUACGAUUAAACCGACGGCCGUGUCUUAUACGGGCAUCCAACCGAUUAUGCGACCUAAACCGUGGGAAGAAAACGCAACUGACUCGACCCGAUCCGAUUUCCAAUCUCUUCCAAUAGGUCCCCUAUCCGUGGCCGGCUUCAUCGUAUCGACCAUGAAUAGAAGCAACAACGACGCUAUUCUCCCUCAAUCGUUCCAAGUACAGACAUCGUUGACGCUCGCAAACGAUCGUGAAAAAUUGGUGGAAAGCCCGCGCGCUCAAAAAUCUUUCCCUGACGAUGCCCUCGUUGGCAAACAGACGUCAGACACGACGCGCAAUCCGAGAGAAUUGAAUUCUGAAAGGCAGCAGCAAGUAGAAUCGUUGACAGAUUUCUUCCCGCCCGUUAGACGGCCGCUUCCACGACCCCAGGUGAGCAAAAGCGAGGCGAUGCAACGGGACAAUUUAUCUGCCAGCCUGCCGAUCGAAGGUUUGUUUAGCACCUCGAAACCUCAAGGCGGCCAGGCGGCGGAGAGCAGCAAACACCGCAGCAACAACAACUCUCCCAUCUACACGUUUAAAUUGAAUCAAGGCCAAAGCGUCCACGACGUGUUGUCGCAAUUGCUGGCGGACUUAACCGUUGGCGAAUCGCCGGCCCAAGUGGAAAUAGAUGGAGCCGCUCCGUCGCUAACGCUGGUCCAGCAAGAGCAACUGGAAAAUAAUGACAUGAAGAAUAAGGCCAGCAAUAAGAAAGUCGAUGACGACCGGUUGAAACCUUGGACGCAUAUGCCUUUCCGACCGCCCGCUAUUCUGAACGCCCUUUAUCAUCAUACACGCAAUCCCAACUCGAGUAACAGCAAUAGUGCCAAUGUCGAGGUCAGCACGCCGACCGUUAUCACGUCGGCCGCGCCUUCUUUUCAGAAUGAGGACACCAACGUCACGACGUCCACUGAGAUUGCAAUUAAUGGACUCACAUCCAGCACUCAACACCCUGUCACUAGCUUUCCCACCGAAUUAACUACAACGUUGGCAGAUUGCGACGAUCAAUUUCGAUGUGCGAGCGGUGAAUGCGUAUCGUUAUUGGCGCGCUGCAAUCAGAUGAGCGACUGCCACGAUGGAUCGGACGAGUUAAAUUGCACAUGUGCCGACUUCCUGCGCGCUCAGUUCUUGUCCCGCAAAAUCUGCGAUGGCAUCGUCGACUGUUGGGAUUAUUCUGAUGAAAACCAAUGUGAGUGGUGCCGACCGGGACAAUACAUUUGUCCGAACAGCAAGGUGUGCAUCGACCGCAAUCUGAUUUGCAAUGGCAUCCGCGAUUGCCCUAACGGAGACGACGAACGCCAUUGUAUCGCCUUAGCUCACCAUCUUGACUCUACUGAAGAAAUGAGUUACUCCAAUUCCGGUUAUUUGAUGGUUCGUCGGGAAGGCCGCUGGGGAAAACUUUGCAUGCAAAAUUUUGAGACGGCGGUCGAAAAACUUCGACAAUCUUUUCAAGUGAACGACCUCGGAAAAGCUGUUUGCAGAGAAUUAACAUUCACCGGAUUAGAAAGAGCUGAAAGGAAAUUGGAUUCUUCGCGAUCGGGUCAGGACUCAUCGUACUUCGAGCUGGUUGAAUCGGGGAACGAAGAUAACGAGUAUGAGAACAUAGACGAAGACGGCGAGAUGCUGGUCGAAAGCCCACGAGCCUCCAUGCUGGAUUACACCACAAGCAAAUGCUCCAAGCGUCAAGUUGUUCACGUUCAAUGUCGCGAUCUCGAAUGUGGUGUCCGGCCCCAGUUGGUAUCCACGAGGGCAAGAAGGAUCGUGGGUGGAGCGAAUUCAACACCGGGUGCAUGGCCGUGGCAAGCGGCUCUUUAUAAGGAAGGAGACUUCCAGUGUGGCGCCACCUUAAUUUCCUCACAGUGGCUUGUCUCGGCUGGUCAUUGCUUCUACCAUGCCUUAGAUGACCAUUGGGUAGCCCGGCUAGGAGCACUCCGACGGGGAUCGAAUUUGUUGUCACCGCACGAGCAGGUGCGAGUCAUAUCGCACAUCUUUAUUCAUCCGGGCUACAUAGACACUGGGUUUGUCAACGACAUUUCCAUUCUUCGCAUGGAAGAGCCUGUUCGCUUCACCGACUAUAUCCGGCCGGUGUGCCUUCCUCCACCCACAGCCGACAUUCGCGACGGAAGGCUUUGCACCGUCGUCGGGUGGGGACAACUCUAUGAAACGGGGCGCGUUUUCCCCGACACCCUACAGCAAGUUCAGUUACCUCUAGUCUCGACAGAAGAGUGCCGAAAACGGACCCUCUUCCUUCCUCUCUAUCGCCUCACCAACAACAUGUUUUGCGCUGGUUUUGAUCGAGGCGGACGUGACGCCUGUCUGGGCGAUUCCGGAGGCCCACUCAUGUGCGAGGAACCUGAUGGCAGAUGGACCCUGCAAGGUGUGACGAGCAACGGUUAUGGGUGCGCUAGAGCAAAUAGACCCGGUGUUUAUACCAAAGUGGCGCGAUACGUCGCCUGGAUAGAUCAGGUGGUAAACGGCACUUAUCGAAAUACCAGACGGCCAACGCAAUGCAUCAAUGGCCAUCGAUGUCUCUUAGGCCAGUGCCUGCCGAAGAGUCACGUCUGCAAUGGAAUCGUCGAGUGCAGCGAUGGCAGCGAUGAAAGGAACUGCACACCGGCGACGUUGUAAAAUUUUUCUGUUGUGGUCCGAAGCGUUACUGUUAUUCGGUUCGUAACAGCAAAGUUAAUCAGCAUGAAUUCAAACAUAAUAACGUCUCGUUUUCACCGUAACAGAUGAUUGCGACGUUUCAACUUUUACCGUUCGAUGAGAUUUCGAUACAAAAUUGUGACCUUUUAACAGUGUUGAUUAUGAACGGUUUUAAUGUUGGUUCAAUCAUGCUUUUCCAAAUCAGAAGUGAAUGCAUGUUUUUAUUUCAAUGUUUUUUUUUUGUUAUUUGAAAUGACACGCUAUAUAGUCUAGCUUAUGUAGCGUACAUUUGUUGUUUUGUGUUCAGUUUGCCAGUGACGUGCUAUUGUUAGCAUUGCCUCCUCCUACAUAACGUUUUGUUUUGUUAUCAUUCUCACGUCGUAUUUAUGCUGCAACGAAGAAGUCCUUGAGUGGAAAAAUUAAGUUUUCAUUUGCUAAAGGAAACGGUGUAACUGCUUUUCCAUUCAGUCCAUUAAUUAAGUCUCGGCAUUCCCGGUAACAGCUUGAGUAAGAAAUGAAAAUUCAGAAUGCAAGGCAAUGAAAACACGAGAACAUUUUUUUUUUUACAUUGUACAGUUUGUAUAUGUUUUGGCAUUUUGGCGGAAAGGGGUGAUUUAAUUCAAGAACCAAAUAGCAAUUAAACAAAAGUAACAAAAAAGUAAGCAUUCUAUCGAAACAAGUGCAUCAAAUACCCUACCGCGGCUUGGCCUUAGAUAAUAUUAAUCAUUCACGAUAUAAAUAUCAUGCAGAUAAUUUUGUUUUUAUUUUGUUGUGUAAAACCAAGGUAUUCAACAGUCAAUUGACUCGAAUUGUUUUUUAUUGAUGCGUAUCUUACUCUUAUAUUGCGUUUUGUCAUGAUGUAAUACCUAUUUGAAUUUAA